AUGUUAUUGAAUAUUUGGCAGAAUUUGCAGAUUGCUACAACGCAAAGAUUGGAGGAGAAAAUUCAGAAACUUCAGAAACAGCUCAGUGAUUUGAAAUUGUCAAAUAAAAAUAUGAAAACUCAGCUGACAAGAGUAAAUGUCCUUAAAGACAAAACAAUUGAAGAGCUCAGGCAAUCUUUAGCAAAUGUUGAAACGAUGAAAGAGAAGGCAAAUGUUGAAACGAUGAAAGAGAAGGCAGUUGUGAAAACAGAAAACUUGAAAACUACAUUAGACUCUGCAGAGCAAAAGGCAAGGUCAGACAAAGAGAAGACCCAGCAGAUGUUAGAUGCUGUCACUUCUGAGCUCCCCACAGCAAAGAGCACACCUGAAGAAGUAUCAGGACAAGAACAAGAGGUUUUUUCAAAAUAGUAAAAUUAAAAUUAAUUUAGUUGAAGUGAUAAACACCCACGCCUACUUAGACUGUAACUAACUUGACAAAAGGGAAUAUUGGCUUAUGGAAUCAUGAGUUAAACAACCUAACCUCUAGGUGGGCGGAGAUGCACCUGAGCCCCAGGAUUAGCACCUGGAACCUACAAGCCCUUCUUGUAGGUCACUUCUUGGCAUCUAUGUGUCAGCUCAUCUGUCUGACUGCUGGUUGGUUUUCUCUGUGACAGGAAACAUGAUCACUGGCAACCAUGGAGAUUUAUAUGGAGUUUCUGUGACAGGAGAGAGAAUCUCAAGAAAAGGUUUUAUUGACCCAGUUUAGGUCAAGUGCUUAUCCCUGCUAAACCCACAGUGGCUAGGGAUGGGAUAUAUGAUUAUUUUAUAUACUUUAACCAGUGACCAGGAGGGUAGAGUUCUAUGACAUCAUAUGUCAUCAUGUGAAGCUCAGGGGAAACCAUGUGUGUCACUUUCUGUGUCACAGUCUAGGAGAAUAGAGUAGUGCUUCUUAACUUGCUUAGAUUUUCACUAUACUUAUAAAGCAAAUAUUUUGAGAGAAUUUUUUAAAGGCCAACUGAUCAUUUGGGGCAAUUUUUAAAUUAUAUGUCACUUCUCCAUACAUUAGUUGCUUAGGAAACUUUUACCUUAAGAUAUGCUUAAAACAUAGUCAUGAUAUUAGCA